AUGUCUACUCCAUUUGGUGUUGAUUUAGGUAAUAAUAACACUGUUAUUGCAUGUGCAAGAAAUAGAGGUAUUGAUAUAAUAGUUAAUGAAGUUUCAAAUCGUUCAACUCCAUCAAUUGUUGGAUUUGGUCCAAAAGCAAGAUAUUUAGGAGAAACUGCUAAGAAUCAACAAACUUCAAAUAUUAAAAAUACUGUUGAAAAUUUAAAAAGAAUUGUUGGAUUACCACAUAAUCAUCCAGAUUUUAAAAUUGAAGAAAAAUUUUUUACUGUUCCAUUAGUUUCAAAUAAAUCUGAUCAUGGUAUUUCAACAAAAGUUAAAUAUUUAGGUAAAAAUCAAGAAUUUAAUGCAACUCAAUUAUUAGCAAUGUAUUUAGAUAAAAUUAAAGAUACUGCUCAUAAAGAAACUAAAGGUAAUAUUACUGAUAUUUGUUUAUCUGUACCAGGUUGGUAUACUGAAAAACAAAGACGUGCAGCAGCAGAUGCUUGUAAAAUUGCAGGUUUAAAUCCAGUUAGAAUUGUUAAUGAAUUGACUGCAGCCGCUGUUGGUUAUGGUGUUUUCAAAGCUGCUGAUUUACCAGAAGAUGAAUAUAAAAAAGUUGCAUUUGUUGAUGUUGGUCAUAGUUCUUAUCAAGUUUCAAUUGCCGCUGUUAAAAGAGGUGAAUUAAAAAUUAUUGGUGCUGCUUUUGAUAAACAUUUUGGUGGUAGAAAUUUUGAUUAUGCAAUUGCUGAUCAUUUUGCAAAUGAAUUUAAAUCAAAAUAUAAAAUUGAUGUUACUGAAAAUCCAAAAGCUUAUUAUAGAGUUUUAACUGCAGCUGAAAAAUUGAAAAAAGUUUUAAGUGCAAAUACUCAAGCUCCUUUCAAUAUUGAAAGUGUUAUGAAUGAUGUUGAUGUUUCAUCAUCAUUAUCAAGAGAAGAAUUAGAAGAAUUAGUUGCUCCUUUAUUACAAAGAUUUAAUGUACCAAUUGAAACUGCAUUAAAAGAAGCUGGAUUAAAAGCUGAAGAAUUAGAUUCAAUUGAAGUUAUUGGUGGAUCAUCAAGAAUUCCAGCUGUUAAAGAUAGAAUUACUGAAAUUUUUGGUAAACCAUUAAGUUUUACUUUAAAUCAAGAUGAAGCUAUUGCAAAAGGUAAUGCUUAUAUUUGUGCAUGUCAUUCACCAACUGUUAGAGUUAGACCUUUUAAAUUUGAAGAUUAUAAUCAAUAUACUGUAUCAUAUUUUUGGGAUAAAGAAGAUGAAGAUGAAGAUCAUUUAGAAGUAUUUCCAAAAGGUGGUUUAUUUCCAAGUACUAAAAUCAUUACAUUAUAUAGAAAAGGUCCAAAAUUUGAAGUUACUGCUAAAUAUACAAAACCAAAAGAAUUACCAAAAGGUACAGAACAUUUCAUUGCAAAAUGGACUAUUGGUAAUGUUGUACCAAAUAAUGGAGAAUCAUCAAUUGCAGUUAAAUUAAAAUUAAGAAAUGAUCCUUCUGGAUUUUAUACAAUUGAAUCAGCUUAUACAGUUGAAGAACAAAUUGUAAAAGAAUUAAUUGAACCAAAAGAAGGUGAAGGUGAAGAAAAUGAAGAAGAUUCAGAACCAAAAUAUAAAGAAGUUAAAAAAUUAGUUAAAAAGAAUGAUUGUACAAUUGAAGUUGAGUGUGCAGCAUUAAAUGAAUCUGAUUUACAAAAAUAUAUUGAACAAGAAUCUCAAAUGAUUAUGGAAGAUAAAUUAGUUGCUGAUACAGAAGAAAGAAAAAAUCAAUUAGAAGAAUAUAUUUAUGAAUUAAGAGGUAAAUUAGAAGAUCAAUAUAAAGAAUUUGCUUCAUCACAAGAAGUUGAAAAAUUAACUGGUUUAUUACAAAAAGCAGAAGAUUGGUUAUAUGAUGAAGGUUAUGAAUCAACAAAAGCAAAAUAUAUUGCAAAAUAUGAAGAAUUAGCAUCAAUUGGUAAUGUUAUUAGAGGUAGAUAUUUAGCAAAAGAACAAGAAAAAAAAGAACAAUAUAGACAAAAACAAGAAGCUGCUCAAGCUCAAGCAAUGGCUGAAAAAAUGGCACAAGCUAGAAAAGAUGGUGGUAAAAAUGAUUCAUCAUCAAAAAAGAAUAAUAAUAAUAAAAAAGAUGAUAAAAAAGAUGAAGAAGGUGAUAUUAAAAUGGAUUAG